AUGCGUGGUUGCUUUGACCUCGUUGAACUCGUGGUGGGUCGCACGGGAGACGUUGGGCAAGUGUCGCUGGUGCGGCUGCAGGGCAAGAAGCUUGUGGAAAUAGGCUGUUAUAAAAAUACGCCUCAGGGGGAUAGAAAAAGCGGCAUUAGCGUCAUCUGCGCGGCAUGGCAGCCACGCAGCUUCUUCACGGGCGGCUACGACCACUCAAUCAGCCUGUGGUCGUCUGCGGACGGCGAAGCACCCGCCCCAACCCUUCUCGCCAUCAAGCAUUCGAGCGCCGUCCAUGCGUUGCUGCCGACCCAAGACGGCGGCCACAAGCUGCUAUCAGGCAGCGCCGACUGCAGCGUAUCAGUGUUCGACAUACCGUCGGGCCGGGUCACGAACGCGCUCAAGCUCUCAAACACAAUCUACCAGCUGCACGCCACCGAAUCCCCGUUCUGCACGCUCCUGGAGAUCGGACAUCGUGAGUUCCAGUUCGAAGUGCGCGACCACCGGCUGGCGCCCGUCCAGCCUGUCCUGCGCUUUGGCUAUCCGAGCGUGAAGGUGCACGGACGGUUCACGCGAGGCGCCGUGCAGGGCCAUCGGUUCGCGUGCGGCGGCAGCGAGAAGGACGGAACGGUCCGCGUCUGGGAUCUGCGCAACACGUCCGAGAUACAGCGCGCGAUCCCUUGCUUCCCCGGCCGGAAGGCGACCCAGGCCGAGUUCGACCGCGAACGGCUCCUCGUUUGCUCCGACGACAACCAGCUCGCUUUCUGGCAGACUGUUUGA